AUGCUCUCACGAAUGUGCGUAACCCGCUCCGCGUUUAGUGUGACCCAUACACUGAAGACUCCAGUACCCCAAAGAUUUGUACCAAAAAACUAUGUAGUGCGUAACUAUGCACGCGAGCCUCGUUCCAGAGUAGCCACGCGAUCACAGCCAACAAUCUGGGAAAGGUUGAUGGCCCCUGCUGGCCCUAAUGCUUUCAGCUUGGGUAAAGGUGCAUUAGCAGGUGCAUCAGCAGUGGGCCUUGGGGCCUUAUGUUAUUAUGGCUCCGGCGUCAAACCUGGUACACUACAGGAAGCACACCUGUGGCCACAAUAUGUAAAGGAUCGUAUCAAAGCAACAUAUGGAUAUAUUGCUGGAUCACUGGUUCUCACUGCUGGUAGUGCCAUCACUGUUUUCAGAACACCAGCCCUUCUGAACUUAGUUGCUCGUAAUGGAUGGAUAUCAAUUAUCGCGACUAUGGCACUGAUGAUUGGCUCGGGGAUGGUUGUCCGAGGCAUGGAGUACAAGCCAGGGUUUGGAGGUAAACAGCUGGCUUGGAUGGUGCACACAGGCAUCAUGGGAGCUGUCAUUGCACCUAUUUGCUUCCUUGGAGGGCCUAUUCUGAUGCGUGCAGCUUGGUACACUGCCGGCGUGGUGGGCGGACUGAGCACGAUAGCCGUGUGCGCGCCGUCGGGCGAGUUCCUCAACAUGCGCGCGCCGCUGGCCAUGGGGCUGGGCGCCGUGUUCGCCGCGUCGGUGGCCGGCAUGUUCCUGCCGCCUACCACCGCGCUCGGCGCAGGAUUGUAUUCUCUGAGCUUGUACGGUGGCCUGAUUGUGUUCGGUGGGUUCCUCCUGUACGACACGCAAGCCAUCAUCAAACGAGCUGAGAUGCACCCUACAUACGGAUUCCAGCCCUACGACCCAAUUAACUCAGCUAUCUCGGUGUACCUAGACGUCCUGAACAUCUUUAUGCGCAUCGCUAUGAUCCUGGCGGGUGGCGGAGGAAACAAACGGAAGUAAACGACAAAACCUGCAGUCAACAUUAGUAUUUUAUUUCAAUUAGCAAGCAGAAGUUACAUUUCGGCUUUAUGUACUUUGUAGCUUAACAAAUUCUCGCGCUUCGUUUCGACUCGUGAAAUUGAAAGCUGAUGUGAUAUUAUAUAAUGUAAAGAGUAAAGAAGUAAGGUAUUGUUAAUUAAUGCAUAAUUAGACUAAUCCUAGUAUAUCUUUUUGUUCUUUAUUAAAUUGACAAGUGUUUAUUAUUUA